GGCUGCUAUGUUGGCGUCUUUGGCGAGGAUUGGCUAGAAACCUCAGUCAAGGACCUCCAGGAAAUCAAAAGGAUCCACGCCUUUGCGACUGGUCAAUUUGUAUUGGCGAAUCGAAUUUCUUAUGAAUUUGAUUUUCGAGGCCCGAGUAUGACUGUCUUAACAGCGUGUUCGUCGUCUCUAGUUGCACUGCAUCAAGCAUGCCAGGCCCUAUACUCUGGGGAAUGCUCCAGUGCCAUCAUUGCUGGAAGCAACUUGAGUCCAUCACCAACCAUGACAGGGACUCUGUCAGAUAACAAUGUGCUGUCGCCAGGUGGUAUCUGCCGAACUUUUGAUCAAGACGCAAAUGGAUAUCAGAGUAUGUUUCCAAACCCCCAUGGUUAA